AAAUCGAUAGAUUAUGGAGCAGAAGGAGGACUGUAACGAUUGGGAGCAGCCGCUUUUGAAAAAAGAAACUGAUGUCGCGGCUGAAAUGGCAGGCCAGCAAUUGGCUCUCAAACCAAUCAAGCCCGUGGGCUUGUCGUGGAGGGAAGUUUCUCUCUCCAUUCCCUUGAAGGGCAAGAAAAAUAAGGGUAAGACGAAAGAAAUAUUGCACCAAGUCUCCGGCACUGCCCCCGCGGGGCGGGUGACGGCCAUUAUGGGCCCAACAGGCGUGCAUGUGGCAUGGUCCUGCGCGUCGCAGCCCUCAUUCUCUUCCCUUCUUCCAUCCUCCCUCCCUUUCCAGGACGACGUUCUCUACUCCUUUCUCACCGUGCAAGAAACCCUGACGCUGGCCACCCACUUUUACCUCCCCUCCGCCCUCUCGGAGGAGGAGAAGGCGAGCUACGUCCGGGACGUCAUCAACGCCUUAGGACUGGCCAAGGCCCGGAACACCAUCAUUGGUAGGGAGGGAGGGCGGGAGGGAGGGAGGGAGUGA